AGCCGCGGCAAGGGGCCGGAGCGCCGCGCGGGCGGCCUGGGACCUGGCUGGGCUUGGAGCGGGAGGAGGAGCUAGCAGGGCGCGGGGAAGCCGAGCGGAGUGCGGCGCUUGCGGGCGUGGGCGGCGAGCCUGGCGCGGAGGAAGGGGGAGCUGGGGCAGGGCUACAGGGCGCCGAGCUAUUGCUGGGAGCAUUGGGGACGUGGGCCAGGCUGGGCGGAGAGGCAGCGCACAGGCCUGGUCAUUUCUGGGUAUUGGGGCUGUUUCGCUCUCAUACAUCAGAGGGAAGCUGCUCCUGUGGUUCUAGUGUCUCGGGAAUUAAUUUCACUUCCCCAGUGUGACUUACUUCUGCAAACUCAGUCCUAGCCCGCUGCCCUAGGGCCGCCUGUACGCAGGAGCCCAGGGACUAGUGGAGUGGAUGAAAGCUGCUAAAUCACCUCCAGCUGGAGUCCCCAGCGUGUUCUCGCUUCACUAUGGCCCUGUCUUCUCGACUGGCGGAACCGCCUUUUUGUGGCUGGGCGGUGUACAGCGCCAAGGAUCAACAUCAAAGCAAGCAGCUGUGUACAUGCUUAACUCCGAGCACGUGUUUGAGAAUAAGAAAUUCUUUGGGAAUAGAUUUAGUGUCACAGGUAACGACAACGGCUUUGAUUUCACCCUCUCGCCUUCCCUGUUCCCACGUUUUUUGACUGUUCACUAUCAGUGUGACCGCAUGGAGCCAGAUGCUGAGACUAUCAGCGCUCCCAGGCUGCUAGGGAAGUACAGAAUCAAGAGAGGCAUAUACACUGAAGAGCAGUUCCAGAAAAACUAUGAAAGAAACACCCCCUCCCCAAGGAACAGGGAUUUCAGAAUCCAAGGAAGGAUCCAGUGCAGAGUCUCCUGGGCAAGAUUCAGGAAGAUUAUACUCAAGAUGUUUCCUAUCCUGAACUGGUUGUGUGCAUAUCGAGUCAGAGAGUGGUUCUUGAGUGACAUACAUGCAGGCCUAAGUGUGGGGAUGGUCCAGAUUCCGCAAGGACUGUCAGGAGUUUUGUUAACGAGGUUACCAAUACCAAUUGUCAAUGGCUUCUAUUCUGCAUUCUGCUGCUCAUUAACAUAUGUUGUAUUUGGGACUUCGCGCCAUAUCUCCAUUGGUUCAUUCAGCAUUCUGAAUGCAAUGGUAGCAGAUGUUCUGAAGACGCUGAAUUUCAGCCCAAUAUUGACUGCUAAUGGAACCUUUGCCAAUUUCUCAGAUGCAAAUUAUAUGAAGAGUUACAUGGAAGCCUUGACACUUACUGCAUCAACAACAUUUCUGACUGGGAUCAUCCAGUUGCUUUUAGGCUGUUUCUGCUUGGGGUUUGUCACAACCUAUCUGCCAAAGACCCUCAUCGACGCUUACCUCACUGCAGCAGCGCUGCAUGUCAUCGUAUCCCAGUUCUCCUUCAUCUUCGGGAUUGUGAUCAACUUCCAUAUGGGCCCCCUGGCCAUUUUCUACAACCUGUUUCAUUAUUGCAUGGCUCUCCCAAAGGCUAAUGCCACCAGUAUAUUGCUAUUUUUGGUUGGCCUACUCAUGCUGAGGGUCAGCAAUUGUAUCAAGAUAACUUACAAGCACAGUCCUGUUGCAUUCCCUAUGGAACUUCUCCUGAUUAUUACAAUCACCAUUAUUGCUAACCAUGUUCACCUGCAUGCCGAAUCCAGUAUGCUUGUGGCCAAAAUGGUUCCACACAGGUUUCUGCCUCCUACGCUGCCAGACUUAUCAAAUUUGAGCAGGAUUGUAGCCCAUGCCUUCUCCCUGGCUAUUGUAAGCUACUUCCUUCUCAUUUUUGUGGGAAAGAGGUACGCUUGUAUUCACAACUACAACAUCUCCAGCAACCAGGAGCUCGUGACUGUGGGGCUAUGCAAUAUCUUCAGCUCAUUUUUCAAAAGCUUUGCUGUCAGCUGUGCUAUUUCUGGGACUGUCAUUCAGGAGAAGACAGGCGGAAAAACACAGUUUGCAGCACUAAUUGGAGCAUCCAUAAUGCUAGUGGUAGUGAUGAAACUAGGACACUUUUUCCAGUCUCUGCCUAAUGCUGUACUAGCUGCGAUUGUAAUGGUCAACAUGUUCCCAUUUCUUGAAAAAUUUAUGGACAUCCCCACCCUGUGGAGACAGGAUAAGUAUCAUUUUGUUAUUUGGAUUGUGACUUUUGCAGCCGUUCUGUGUCUUGGUCUCGAUAUCGGCUUGGUCAUCGCAAUGGGAUUCACCUUCUUCAUCAUCACUGUUAGGUCACACAGAAUGAAGAUUGUGAUGCUGGGCCAGAUUCCAAACACGGAUCUAUACAGAAAUUUAUCUGACUACAAAGCAGCAGCAGAGAUUGAAGGUGUGAAAAUCUUCCAGUGUUGUUCCUCCAUCUCCUUUGCAAAUAUGAGACAUUUCAAAGGCUACUUGUUACAUAAGAUGGAUGUGAAAGCAGUGCCCCUGGAUGAAAAUGAAAUGAGAUCUUUAAUCUCAGUUAGUCUGUCUAGCACUGGAUUGGAGAGAAAGGAUUUGAAGUGUGCCUGUGUUUGUGAUCCACCUGAGCCAUUACCCAGGAUACCCUAUACUGAGAAACUGGUGAAGCGACUUCAUAGGGAUAAUGAGUCUUCAUCGUCUUCCCUGAAUUUGAUACGUUGGUCAAAGUUUGAAAGCAAGCACAGUUCUGGGACUCUCACAACAGGAAUGUCGCAAACACAGCAUGCUCAGUCCACAGCCAUCAGGCUCAGGGCAGCAAGACCUGAGACUGGAAAGAAGAAGGAUGAAGGGAAGAGGACAUGGCAUUCUUCAGACCUUGGAGUAGAUACUUCCACAACUCUAUUGUGCCAGGAACCAGUACUGUUGCAGUCCACGGAGUUUUCAACAUAUCCAGUCCACACUAUUAUUUUAGACUUCAGCAUGGUGCAGUUUGUGGAUUUGCAAGCUUCAGACUUACUGAGGCAGAUGUUCCACAUGUUUCAGAAUAUUGGCAUUUCGGUCCUGAUAGCCGGCUGCCACCUCUCUGUAAUAGCAAUCUUUGAGAAGAAUGAUUUCUUUGAUGACUGCGUCACCAAAGCACAGUUCUUUCUAACGCUGCAUGAUGCUGUGCUGGCCGCUUUAGAACAGAAUCAAAAGCCAGAGACUGUGGAACUCAGCAUUGGAGAGCCUGAACAGGAGUUAGAUGAAGGGCUUACAGAAGAACAGAAGGAGAGAAGUCUGCACUCCGGUAACAACAAAGAUAUUUCCUCUUUAAAGACUACCAGGAGCGAACUCUUAAAUGAAGAGCCAAUAUCCGAUCUCUUCCGCACAUAUUCACUCCAGAAUGAAACAGAGAUGAACGUAUUCCAACAGUAUGAUGCUCCACCCCCUGAGCCAGGUGACAGAGAUGAGGAGUGGGAGCAGAAGUGGAAAUAUGCCAGAGAUCCCUGAGAUGCACAAGAGCUGACAGGGAAUCCUAGUCCAGUAAAUGGGGAGAGGUGCUGAUAUAGCACAGUUCAGGUAGUUCUUGCCUGCAUUUUGGUGGGGUUUUUUGCCUUUGUCUCUUUCAAAGUUAUUGAAGUAGCCAACUAGCCAGUCCAUCCAAUCGUUCUGCUGGUUUAAGGGAACUAGCACAGUUUAUGAAGUUACCCUUCAGGACUUUCAAACAGAGGGAUUAUUUAGCAGCAAUUUUAACCUUUGUAGUGAAUUAACUAUAAAACUUGGAGCCAUUAAAUGAAUUUUUACAUGUUUCUGAAA